AGCAUGUAAAAUCAGAAAAGAAGUUACCUCGCUUCUUUACAUUUUUCACUCACGCUUAAAAAAUAUAUUAUUUCCCUUUUUGUAAUUUCUACUAUUGAUCUCUUCCACCGAAAGAAGCCAGACCCAGAUUAAAUAAAAUGGAAAGAUGAUUUUAUCCGUUUUCUUGGUCGUGAAAUUUGAAUACCAUAGUCCAUGGGAUUAAAAUUCUGUCAUCCUUAUCGUGAUUCAUGAAUCUUGGUUAUAAAUGGAGAAGGGUGAUCAAGGAAAAGAGGAUUCUAAGGAUCGGAUUAGUGAAUUAACUGAUGAAAUUCUAUUUAUAGUUCUUUCCUUUUUGACCCUUAAAGAGGCAGCAAACAUAUGCUUUCUUUCCAGGAGGUUGAAAAUUUUGUGGCCACACAUUGUUGCUUUGAACUUUGAUGCUUCAAAUACAUUAGGCGAGCUUCGGAGGAAUGGGCGAUUAAGGAAAAAAAAGAGAACUUGGUACAUAAACUGGGUUAACCACGUCCUGGAAUCGCAUAAAGGUUCCACUCUAAAUGAGUUUAGGGUUUGUUUUGAUUUGGAUUGGACUUGCAGACAUGAUAUUGAUAGUUGGUUUUGUUUUGCCAUAUCGAAGAGGGUUCGAAAACUUGAAUUGGACUUUGAAGAAGUAGCAGAGGAAACUUGGCCACCAGGUUUAAGAUCCUAUUCUUUAACCAAAAGUUGUUUCAAUUACAUUCGAACUCCUCAGGGUUUAUCUUGCAUAGGAUUGUUGGAUUCCUUGUGUUUGAGAUUUGUAAAAGUAAGCGGAGAGGUUUUAGAGCACUUCCUUUUGCAUUGUCCCCUGCUUGAAAAAUUAGUUGUGGAGUGGUCAAAAAAUUUAGUGACUCUUAACGUGGCUAGUUCAUCGCCUUUACGGUUGCGAUAUUUGGAGAUACGAGCUUGCCUCGCUUUGCAAAAUCUCGAGAUUUCUGCACCCAAUUUACAGUCAUUUCUGUAUUAUGGACAAAAGGUGGCAUUACAUAUCGAAAAUGCUCCCCUUCUGACUGAUGUGCUUAUAGGUGGGAACUUAGAUGAUGAACCAGCUUUCGCUUUUUGCCCCCUUUCGGGAUAUCUUUGUCAGCUGAAAAGUCUUACAUUGGAGAUGAGUGCUUAUAAUAUGACAUUUCCGAAUUUCCCUGAAUUGACAAAUCUUAGGCACUUAGCAGUAAGUGCGUAUGGUGGAUAUGAUGACGAUCUUCUUGUCUUGACUUCCUUGAUUGAUGCAUCUCCUUCUUUGAACAAACUCUCGUUGGAGUUGAAUAUUUGGAGAUCUUCGACAUACAAUCAUGCACAUAAUACGAGUAAUGUUACCGGAAAACCCAUCCCUAGUCUUAAAGUGGUAGAGGUGAUCGGCUUCAGAGGUUUUAAAAUCGAUGUGGAUUUCCUUGCAUAUCUACUUGAGCAUGGAAAAGUGAUGGAGAAGAUUACUAUUAAUUGUUGCCAUCCAAGUUGGGCUGGGCAAAUAUUGGAGUUUGAAACGAUCAAAGAAAGAGAGAGAGCAAGAAAGCAUGCUGUACAACUCAAAUCAAAAUCUCCUUCAACAACUGAAUUUGUAAUCAUAUAAAGUUUAAUCAGCCUUGCACCGUGUCAUAUGCUACUAGGGUCAGAGCCAUUGGACUAUGGCCAUGGCCAUCUAGAGUUCAGCACUUCACCGCUUUGCCUAGCGGCUGAAUGCUUUUGUCACUCAUAAGCUUGACUGGACGAUAAUCGAACCAAAUUCAUAUAGGUUUAUGUCAAGCCUAGCUUGAGAGUAUAGACGUUUGUUUACACGUUGGGGCCUGUGUCAUUCACUGAGAUUUGUUUGUUUGUGUUGAAGAUUUAAAAUGAAUGCAUCUGUUUUGUUAUAAAACUAUUUAAACAUAUUAGUUUAUCAAUAUCAAAUUUUAGUUUCAAGAUAA